AUGCCCUUCCAGAAUAGCUCUCCCAGGACACGGCAUCCCAAACUGAGUCUGAUCAUAGCAGGGGUCAUGGUUCUGCUGAUCCUGGCGGUGGUGGUGGUGGUUGUGAUUGCUGUGACUAAUCCUGAAAGGAAAAGGACCAUUGGCACUGAAUUAUUGCAGUGGAAAGGCAAGGGGACCACUGCAAACCUGAAAGAAAUUAUCCUGGGGAGAUGUUAUAACUACAUCACGACCGUGAACCCUGAGCUCAGGUGAGUAGACUGCCAUGAAAUAUGGGAACUGUUGCAAAUAUCGUUUAUGUACAAGCAUCCAUGCAGCAUGAGAGAGGAAGAUUAUCAACCUUUGAUGGACUUGGCGAGUCAUUCCAUCCCAUGUAACAAGUCACUGUUUUGGAGCAAGACCAAUAACCUUGUACAUCGUUACACAAAAACUAAUGAUUUAUUUACACUGGAGGACACCUUGCUGGGCUACAUAGCAGAUGGAAUGUCGUGGUGUGGAAGCUCCAGUGAUCCAGGAAUUGACUACAACUCUUGCCCAAAAUGGAACGAGUGUGAGAACAACCCCAGUUCAAUAUACUGGAAAAUGACAUCCAAGAUGUUUGCAGGAGCAGCAUGUGGUACAGUCCAAGCAAUGCUCAAUGGGUCAAUAGAAAAUGGUGCAUUCAGAAAUGACAGCAUUUUUGGAAGUGUUGAAAUACUUAACUUAAAUCCAGAUAAAGUCUCCGCAGUACAACUUUGGCUUAUGUAUGACAUUGAAGGAACUCAAAGUGAAUCUUGCACAGGUCCUUCUAUAAAAAUGCUGAAAAGCAUCCUAGAAAACCGAAAGAUCAGUGUCACUUGCAAAGAGAAUUAUAGGCCAGUCCAAUUGCUUCAGUGUGCCAGCAAUCCUGACCACCCCACCUGCAGACUUUGCCGUUAUACCACACAGUGA